AUGCCUCGCCCUGCCCCAAAACGAAGCCGCACAGCUGGCAAACCUGCCCCAAAACCUGCGACAGAAUCUGCGCAACCAGAACUCCCCAAAUCACCCGAAAACGCGGAGCCUCGCCCAGUCCCGGACAGGACUCUACGCGAACAAACCCCCUUAUCCAAGAGCUAUGAGAACGCCAUUGAGUCAUCGCCCAUCGGAGACCGACCCGGCACUGGAAGUCGACCUGGAACCGGCAGUCGGCCUCCUACGAGAUCGCGCGGUUAUUCCUCUACACUGUCAUUCGCGGGGCGCAAAGGCGAAAAUUCCCGGAUUCCUGGCACGCCUGGCUUUGACAACUCGGUUCUGAGCAACUUCAGACGGCGCCCGCGACAGCAGAGUAUUCUGCACCAUCUUCAGGCCGACGAUGACGGGUCUUCUGAAUUGGACGACGAUGACUUCCUGGGUGGACUGAGCCCUAAUGAUGAAUCGACACCUCUUAAUCUUGCCCGAGGCAAGUCGCUUCUUCCCCAACCAAGCGAUAAGUCCUCGUCACCCGUGGGAUCACCGCUCUUAUCGGGAGGAUCGCGCAAACGCAGGCGCACGACACAGGAGAUCCAAGUGCCCCAGUCGUCCGUGGAGAUGGUGGAGGACACCCCGACUGGGACACCGGCUCAGGUGGUCAAAGAUACUCCGACUGCGACCCCUCUAGAGCGCGAAGACCAAGUUUCUGAAGAUGAGGGGCCGGAACCGGUGGUCGAGUCCAAUGACAUUGACUCUGAUGCCAGAGAGCCGGAAAGUGAAGAGGAAGAGGAAGAGGAAGAAGAGAGAGAAAGAGAGGACUCUGAUGUUGAUCUCGAAAUUGAAGAUCAGGCGGCUGGAGAGGAAGCAGUCGAUAAUGCAGAAGCCGAGUCUACGCCGCGAGCUCAACGAUACCCCGAGAUUCUAAGUCAGACGAUGCUCCCUCCAGCGAGUAGUCCAGCCUGCUCAACACAACCCGAUAGCUCUACGCCACAACCUGCUCCUACGAAGAAGUCAAAAGCUCCAACCCACAUGUCAACUGCAAACCUGCAGGACAAGCUUCUCCCACGCCGUCGACGUCGGAAUCGCGUGGGCAAUGAUCUUAGCGACAGCGAUGAACCCCAUGACGCCGCGUCUGGGGACGAGGAUGAAUUGAAUUAUCCAUCACAGUCUCGAAAGUCCACCAGGCGAAGGGCAGGAACAAACAAGCCCAAGCCAUUGGCCACUGCCCGCAAUCCCAAGCAGAAGAAGACCCAGAAGACCAGCAAAUUACCCAAGGAACCAGCUACAUAUUCACGCUCGCGUGCGAGUGCGACGGCCAACGACAAAGAGAACGAAAUUGCGCUAUCUUCCCCAUCCUCGUCUCCAUUGUCAUCCCCGCCUGAUUCGGACGUGUCUGAUUCCGAAGUCCAGACCGAACCCACACGGUGCACCAGUGAUGAGCUACGGGCUGCAUUGAAGAAGUUCGCGGAAGUGGAUCAAUGGAAGAUGGAGUUUGAAGACGUUUCAGCGUCGGAGCUCUGA